AUGAUCUCUAGUUCAAUUGACUAUGAUCCAUUUGAAGACAUCACAUCUAUUUUUUCUACCAAGGAAGCCCUUGACGAUAUAGAUAAACUAAUAGCGACAACCAGAAACUUCAAACUGCAUUUACAAGAAAAAUUAUUGGUAGCAUCCAAAGAAAUAGAAAAAGGAACAGACCCUGAACAUUCUGAAAAUACUGUUUCCACAGACGUAAUUGAGAAAGUCUUUAAAGAUUUUUCCGAAACACAAGAUAUAUCGUCUCAAACUGAGGCAACAAUAUCCAACUUGACGGAACGUAUAUCACAUCUAGAUAAUGCAAAGAGUAACAUCACUCAAUGUUUAACGCUCUUCCAGAACCUGAAAGCCUUGACAGAUUCUUACUCCCAAUGCAAAGCUUUAUUAGCCAUUGAUUCAUAUAUGCAAAUGGUUUCACCAUACCAAAUCAUGUGUUCCUUGACUGAGAAUACUUUUUUACCUUAUAAGUCGGUUGACGAAGUUAAUAAGUUAUUGACUUCAAUAUACAGACUACAAACUGAUACAAUUGAAAGAAUAAAACAAUCAUAUAACCGACUGUUUGAGGAAGGUAAUAAGUUAUCUCCUCCUGAAAGGCAGAAUUUAGAGACUCAAUUAAGGGAAGGUGCAGGGAUCAUCAUUGACUCUGAUACAAGUAACAAAUCCAAAUUGAUUGAUUGGAUUAUAGAUAAAUUACUAUACGAAAUGACUGAAAUAUUUCAGGUGGAUGACGAAGCUGGUUCCCUGGAAAAUUUAUCUCGUAGAUACAUUUUCUUCAAAAAAGUAUUGAACAAUUUCAACACUAAUUUUGUAAAUUCCUUUCAACCUGAAUGGGAAAUGCCUAUUAAAUUAACGACUAAAUUUUUUCAGAAGACUUCAAAGGAUUUGGAUCUCUUAUUAAGGAGGGAAUUCAAAGAUAGAAGCAAAACCCCAUCCAUUGAUUUAUUCAUGAAGGCAUUACAGACCACGUUGGAUUUUGAAAAGUACAUAAAUGUCAGGUUUUCUCAUAAAGUGAAAGAUAUUAGAUUAAGCCCAAGUUUCGAACCAUACUUGUCUCUAUGGGUUUCGCAUCAAGACAAGAUGAUGGAAAAAAAGUUCUUAACAUAUAUGAGCCAGGAGAAGAUAUCCUCCAACGUUACAGACUCUUUAAUCAUCCCAUCAAGUGCCGAUCUUUUUAGAACAUAUAGGUCAGUUUUAUCUCAAACUUUAGAUUUGCUAACAGAUAAUGCAAAUAAUAAUAUUCUUUUGGCUUUAGCAAAAUUUUUCAAUAAGUGGUUAAUUGACUAUAAUAAUAAAAUACUACGUCCCUUGUUAUUACCUGAUAAUUCCCAAAUCGAGGAUAAGAGAGAAUGCUCUAAAUAUACCGUUUUAUUGAUCAACACUGCGGACUACUGCUCUGUCACAAUUGAACAACUAGAAUCAAAAUUAUCAGAGUUUAGUAGUGAGUCAGAUAGAAUUUCUAAUGUUUUCGAUAAAACGAAAAAUGUUUAUAACGACUUGCUAUCCAGAGGCAAUAACCUUCUCUUAUAUCGUAUUAUGGUGUCAGAUAUUUCGUUUGCAUGGAAGGAAUUUAAUAACGUGGAUUGGACAAAUUCAAAUGUGGAAGAUUACAGUAGAUACAUGGUAACAUUAGAAGCAACUUUACUACCGAAAUCAAAGGGUAAUUCUACCAUACCUGAUGAUAGUGUAGUGACAAAAAAAUCGAUCUUCCAAUAUAUUAUCUCAUUAUUUAAUAGAGAUGUUUAUAAAUGGAAUUUUUUGGACAAAGUGAUUGACUUAAUAACAACAGAUUAUUUGACAACUAUCAUUAGACUUAUUGAACCGAAAGCCCCAUUCAUUUCUGCCUCAUCACCACGAAGGAAAUUUGAUGUCAGGCAUACAAUAAAUAUUGCAGAGCAACUAUUAUUAGAUAUGGAAUUAUUGAAACAGAUAUUAAAUUCAUUACCCGAAGGCAUUAUUACUGAUACAACAGCGAACUCGACCCAAAAUACUACAUUGAAAAGAGUUCAGAGGCAUAUUGAUACAAAGAUGGAACUGCUCUUGCAAUUUGGUAGAUUGUUGGUGUCGCCGCUGAAUUUUCCAGAUGAUUAUUUGGAGACGUACAAAAGACUUACAAAGGAUAAUGAAGAUCCGGGAGUUUGGGCAUAUGUAUUUGCUCUUAAAGGGAGUACUUGGGAUCUUAAUGUUUGGAAGCAAUAUUGGACCACUUUUAACUUGUCACUAGAGGAUAAGGAGGACACAACUAAAGAUGCAACAAGAAAUAUGUUUAUAUUUGAUUGGAACAAAAGAUUACUCCACCAAUUUGAAGGCAAUUUGGGGUUCAUUCAAGAUCCAAAUUGGAAAACGUUCAUUAGCAGUGACUUACAUAUUAUAAUUCCAAAACGGGUUGUUUCUAGAAGCCAAAUGAAUCCGCAAUCUCAACCUACCACUAAAAGGAGUUCAUCACCAGAGGCGAAAAGUCCUGUGCUCACUAUGAAAGAGCUAAUGUCAAAUACUAGAUUUUUUAAUAGAGGGCCAUAG